AUGGAGGCAAAUAAUUCAAUCAAAGAUUAUAGUAAAUUCUAUGGAAGUUAUGCAAAGUUGAGAAAACCAUCACCCAUUAGAGAACUCUUUAAAUAUACUGUUGAUCCUUCAAUUAUAUCAUUAGGAGGAGGACUACCAAAUCCAAAUGCAUUUCCAUUCAAGAAAAUCACGGUUGAAUUAAAGGAUGGUGAACCAUUGGAGAUUCAAGGUGAUGAUCUAUCAAAUGCACUUCAAUACACACAGACUUAUGGUCUUCCAAAAUUCACAGCCUGGCUUAAAAACCUUCAAAUACGCAACCACAAACUGCCAGCUGCCGACAACAAAGAGAGACCAUGGAAUGUAGGCGUGACUUCUGGUAGUCAAGAAGGUCUUGCUUUGGUUUUCAGUAGUUUAUUGGAUCAAGGUGAUUCCAUCAUUAUUGAAUCACCAACUUAUUCAGGUACACUAUCAAUUUUAGGACCAAUGGGAUUAAAUAUGGCAGGUAUUCAAGUUGAUAAAAAUGGAAUGAUACCAUCGCUGUUGGAAAAUGUACUUGAAAAUUGGGAUACUUUGUAUCCAGGAAAACGAUUCCCAAAGUUGAUUUAUACCAUUCCAACCGGUCAGAACCCAUCAGGUUGCAGUAUGACAGUCGAACGAAAGAGAACGAUUUACAAACUUUGCUCAAAGUAUGAUUUGUUGAUUUUGGAAGACGAUCCAUACUUUUAUCUUCAAUUUGAAAUGUCCGAAGAGGACAAGGCUGAGGGAUUGGUAGUCGAGCCAGGUCAACCCAUCUUGGGCGUAUCUUUCUUGUCGAUGGAUACGGACCAGCGUGUCAUCCGUUUCGACUCGCUAAGCAAGAUAUUGUCGAGUGGUUUGCGUAUUGGGUUUGUCACGGGUCCAUUCAAGUUGCUAGAGGUCAUGCAAAACGCACAACAAGCUAGUACAUUGCAUGCUAGCGGUGUAUCUCAGACAAUCGCUUUGUCACUCUUGCAAAAAUGGGGAAUCGACGGAUUCCACCAACAUAUUGUCAAGGUGCAAGCAUUCUACAGAGAGCGACGUGCCGUCUUUUUAGGCCAUGUAGAGACGCAUCUCAAGGGGCUCGUCGAAUACGUGUCGCCGUCAGCCGGUAUGUUUGUAUGGUUCCGUGUGCUCAAUACCGACGACACCUACCAAAUGAUCACAUCCAAAGCCAUCGAGAAAAAGGUUGUCCUCGUGCCAGGCAUUGCCUUUGACCCAAACCCCGAAGUCAACCUAGUGUCUCCCUAUGUUCGUGCCUCCUUUUCAAUUGCAACCGACGAACAAAUGGAAGAGGCUUGUAAAAGAUUUGCUUCCCUUUUACAAAAUUAA